CGAGCGCGCGGUGAGGCCUGGGUCCGCCCGGGGACACCCCUGCCCCGGGUUCCCGCCCCGGAUUCGGCACCCGGAGGAGCGUCUGGACCUGGGCGGCGGGUCUGCAGCCCAGAAGUCGCGUGGUCGUUCCCAGCUCAGUUUCACGCGUGACUCGGGCUCUCACCGCCGGCGGGGUGCUGGGGGCGUAUUGCGGAAAUUGGGGUGCUGGGGUAUUGCGGGAAGUGGGGUGCUGGGGUAUUGCGGGAAGUGGGGUGCUGGGGUAUUGCGGAAAGUGGGGUGCUAGAGUAUCGGGAGUGGUGAGUAGUGGGGUGCGAAGGUGCUGGGUAGUGGGCGCUGGGCCUUGGGGAGCGUGGAUAGUGGGGCGCGGGGUCUGCGCGCAGCGCGUCCGGGUGCCGCCCCGUCCCGCCCCGGCUGCGACCAUCUGACUCCUCCUCCUGCCACCUCCCUGCGGUCGCAUCUCCGGAACGCCCGGCCGGCCUCCCGGACACCGCGGCGCUCACGUAGUCGGCGGCCCCCUCCCCCGGGCUGGGCUCUGCUGGGGCCCUGGGGAGGGGCGUCCCCACGCGGUGGGUGCAGCGCUUGCGGAGAGGGAGCCGGCCCAGCCCGACGAUGGCUGUGGACAUCGAGUGCAGGCCCAGAUGCAUGGCCCCGCCCCAGCACCGAGAGAGGUUCGCCUUCAAGGCCUCGCCGAAGCCCGGCCAGCCCCUGCGGCCUUGCAUCCAGCUGGGCCUCCGGGAUGCAGCUGGGGGGGUGGCCCCAGCCGUCCAGGAGAAGAAGGUGAAAAAGCGUGUGUCCUUCGCAGAUAGCCGGGGGCUGGCCCUGGCCGUGGUCAAGGUGUUCUCGGAGUUUGACGACCCGCUGGACCUGCCCUUCGACAUCACAGACCUCCUGGACAGCAUCGGGAGCUUGGCGCCCCCCGAGAGCGAGAACCUGGUCCUGGACUUCCUGCAGCCAUCCGCGGACUACCUGGACUUCCGGGCCCGCCUGCAGGCUGACCACGUGUGCCUGGAGAACUGCGUGCUGAAAGACAGGGCCAUCUCCGGCACCAUCAAGGUGCAGAACCUGGCGUUCGAGAAGGCGGUGAAAGUAAGGAUGACCUUCGACACCUGGAAGAGCUUCACAGACUUCCCGUGCCAGUACGUGAAGGACACCUAUGCCGGCUCCGACCGCGACACCUUCUCCUUCGACAUCCGCCUGCCGGAGAGGAUGCAGUCCUACGAGCGCACGGAGUUCGCGGUGUGCUUUGAGUGUGGUGGACAGACGCACUGGGACAGCAACAGGGGCAGGAACUACAGGAUUGUGCAGGCCGGGCUGCAGGCCGCCCUGGGCACCGGAGAGCCGCCUGGUGGCCUGGGCUUCGGGAUGGCCUUCGACCAGUUCGGGAGCCCUCGCUGUUCCUAUGGACUGUUCCCGGAGUGGCCCAGUUACUCGGGGUAUGAGAACCUCGGGCCCUACUACUAGGGGCUCGGGGCCGGCGCUGAUGCCGCAGACCCGCCUGGCUCCCACUUGCUGGGUGGUGGCGGGCACUGAGAGGCCAGUCAGCACGAAGCCUGACACCGCGGAGCUUUCCGGCACUCACUCGUCACCAGGAGGCUUAGCGAGGAGUGCUCUGGCUCGCUGGGCUGGCUGCACACCGCUGUGCCUUAUGGGAGGGCAGGUCUCCCGGACAGUAGCCUUCAACGCAUGGCCGCGGGUCUGGGGAACAGUGUACACUCUCAGAGCCCGCCGGGGCAUGUGGGUGGGUUCUCACUGUCCAGGACACGUCACAUGGCCCCACGGACACGGGCUGAGUUCGUCCAUGUGUGGGCGUGUGUCCACCUGUGUUUGAACAUCAGGAAGUGCUUGUUCCACGGAUGGAUCCGUUAUUGAGACACCGCUGGACUGCACUGUUGUGGGUCCCUAAACCUGUGAUUUCUUGGGCAGGAUCGGUUUUUACUUAGGGGUGUCAGGAAGCCAUGUUUACAUGCAUGUUUGUAGGAAGCCGAGUCCCGGUGUUUGUUCUGGGGUGUGGUGAAAGGACUGCUUCAUUUCUGUCCUGCCUGGUCCUACUCAGUGAGACUCCCCAUCAGGCCUCCCUGUCUUAGCGCCAUGCGUACCGGCCGGCAACUCCGAGCACCUUGCUCCUGGAGUUUGGUAGUUGGUGUUUUUUCCCCUUAAUUUUCGAACUUUAAAAUGUUUUGCGUUGUAAA